AUGAGGGCUACUAUCGCUUCUACUGCAUUCCUUACGCUGCUUGGUAUCGACCAAGUGUUCGCCCAAUGGGAAGGGUAUGGUUGCUGUGGAGUCCCUACUCCUGGACCAAAGGGAGCGCCAGCAGAAUGGUGUGAAAAUCAGCCCCUACGGGAAAACGGGCAUCGUGGCUAUAUGCUCUGUUGUAUAGAAGCAGAGAAAUCGUUUCCGGGAGGCAACGGCCCCGGAAUUCCGAUGACCUGCCAAUCUCCAGGGUUUAUGAAUCCGCAGUAUAUCAGGACAUACCCCGUGUCUGGCGAUACCUGCAUGAGCGGGGACUAUGAAGGCUUCAAAGCUUGCGCUCUAUCAUAUGAGGAAUAUUCAAAAUAA